GUUCUUUUGUUCUUUUUGUCUUGUGGGUAUCUUGCAUUUGUGUAUUUUUUUUAGUUGCAUUUGCAUGCGUUUUAUCAGAAUUCUUGAAUAUUUUGCUUUACUUUAAUCUUUUAGUUUUAGUUGCUUUUUAUAAUCCUAUGGGUUGUAUAAGAAACAUAUAUGAUUUAGCAAGUUUAGUUUGUUCUCUUUUGUUGUUUUCUUGCUUUUUAAUAUUUGUUAUUGUCAUCAUGUUUAUUGUGUCGUGAUAUUAGUGUUCCUUUCUUAAAUGCUCUGUAUUGCUUUUGUUUUAGUUGCUUUGUACACCUUGUUGAUUGUAUAAGAAACAUACAAUGUGAUUUAAUGAGUUUAGUUUGUUUUUUUCUUUUGUUGUUUCUUGCUUUUAAUAUCUGUCAUCACCAUAUAUUGUUUGUUGUGUUUCGAUCGUCACACUAUUUUGCUGUUGUUAGUUCUGUUGAAUAAUGCUCUGCAUUGAUUUGGUUAUCUAGUUGACAUGCUUUAUUUGCUGUUAUUUGAUUUGGUGCACUUGAGCCGAGUGUUCUUCAUAAACAACGUCUCUAACUCCGCGAGAUGAGUUAUGGAUAAGUAAGUUAAAUUCUCAAGAAUCUGUUAGGAAAAUUUUGACAGACGAGUAAAGUGCAAACUUCCAUGGAUUCGUUUACGUACAACUGGAAGACACCAAAUGAGUGUGCAAAGAGUUCUCAACAGGAGCCUGAACAGGUUGUAAGUGCUGCAUCUAUCUAUUUUGCAUCAGAGGAGGAAGCAAUAGGAGUGGAACAAUUAUUUGCAGAACCUGAGUAUGGCGAUAUAGUCGAUACUCUUCUAGAUUUCAACACAUGUGCCUGCAGUCUUCCAGAGAGCUACACUAAGGAGUUUUCAGCUUCGGACUCUGUCGUAACAAAUAGUGAUCGUGCCUUUCCCCUAGAUGCAGUUCAAAGAGGUCUCAGUGAAGUGGAUAAAACAAGGGAGAAGUUUCUUGAUGGAUUGUCAAACGGAUAUAAUGAAAAUCAUUGCAGCAUUUCAUGUGAAGAUUAUCUUUUGGAUAUCGAACUUGAGGAAGAGAUUCCCACCCUUGAUGAUGUCACAAGAGAUGUAUCCUGUAUAGAAAAUGUGAAUUUGGAGAACAAGCUAGCUGAUUCAGAACAAAGAAAUUGUGAUGUUCAUGUGUUAAAGUUGUCUGAUGCAAGUACCUCAUUCGAUCAUGACGCUUUAGACAAAUUUGAGGACAUGUCAACUGAUAAAUUACUUGAGGUGUUCAGGAAUAUGUUUGGACAUCAAACUUCGGUUGCGGAUAAGCAAUGGCUGGAAUCCCACAUGAUAUUUGGCUUGGAAAACCAGGAGAUGUCAGACAAGAAUUACUGUUUCCCGAAAACCUCUCUUGAUUCAAGCGAAAAUCAAGGGGUUAAAGUCCUACCAGCUUGUCAGAAUCUCCUUAAAGUAUCUACUGCCUUUGCUAGUAUAUUCAAUUUCAGAACAAAGCCAAGGGCUCAACACGUGAAAAGGAGAGAACAUAUCCAAUGGAAUUCCUUCAAAUGCUUAUCUUCUGCAGCAGGUGAAAUACAACUUGAUUUUCCGGAUAAGUGGGAUAGCAAGGAGUUGGCUAAAGAAAAUUUAAAAUGUGAUGGGACGAAAUUAGGAAUAUCUGAACAACAUCUGAAAUGUAAACCUUCGCGAGGAGGAUUUGGUCGGCGAUAUUAUCACAGAGGAGCCAAAGUAUCCUCACAAGGUCUUGGUAAAAGAAAUUUUCAAGUUGGAUGCAUCCAAAUUCCACCUGGUCUGCCCAUUGAGGAGCGACUUAUCAAGAGGGAGGGACAUUUAUCCAAAGAUUGCAGGGCUAACAGAGCCUAUAACAGCAACAUCCAUUCAGUUGAGGCACAAGAUGAUCCUUCUGGCACUCUUUCUGACCAGUCUACUGAUAGUUCAUCUGAAGAUGAUUGGACCAUUGGGAGCGAGACCCGAGGAACUAACCAAGACAGAAAACACAAUAAGUAUUGGUCAACAACUGAGGUCCUAAAGUUGGUGGAGGGUGUUUCCAAGUAUGGUGUUGGCAGAUGGAGCGACAUAAAGAAGAUGUUUUUCCAAUCAUCUGUGCAUCGUAGUCCAGCUGAUCUGAAGGACAAAUGGCGGAAUCUUCUGAGGGCUAGCUGCCAACGAUUGCAGAGUCGGAGAGGGGUUGAUGCCAAGAAGAAGCAUGGCAAGUCCAGGAUUCCUCACGAGGUCUUGAACCGUGUUCGUGAGCUUGCUGUCAUCUAUCCAUAUUCAAGGCGACAUAGAACAAGAAUCUCACCAACUGCAUCCCUCGCGUCUUCUUCGAACGUGGAGUCUGAUAGUCAGUUGUCUAUUAAUGAGGAGCAGAACACAUUGAAUCUCACAUAUUAGAUACUAAGCUACUUAGAAGGAUAUCAUUCAUACCUGUGAAAAGCAAAAUUCUUAGUAGUAUAUAUUUUUGCUGGCAGUAACUAAUUCUAAACUUUGUACAAAGUUCAAACUAGAGAUCCAAAUCUCUAACAGAUUGUAAUUACUUAUAUUCUAGUUAAACAUCUUUUUGUCAGAAAA